GAAAAUGAUGGACUUAAUUCGUAUAAUUUUACGUCAAACAAAAAACGUCGUCUUCAAAUUCUUCAAGAUUCAUCAAAUAAUCCAAUUCACCAGCACAAUAUCUAUCGACAAGCUGCGAAUAGAAAUCUUGAAGAUUAUCGUUCCAAAAUGGAGCAUCAAAUGCGUACCAAAUACAACAUUCAUGAGCAUAGUUAUAAAGUUGGUGAUCUUGUUAAAGUACAAAUUGCUAAGAACGACCGUGGACCUGGUGAUCAUUGUGCACUACUAUGUAAAGUGUUUUCUGUACUUUCCAACGAUGUAUAUUGCCUUGUAUGCCGAUUUGGUGUUCUUGAAAGUACAUUUCCAGCCAGUAAAGUUUUACCCCUCGGACCAAGAGAAUUUUCAGAGCUUGAUGAUCCUCCAACCAAUACGACUAAAGGUGAAUGUUUUAUGUGGGAGUGGGUGCCAUCCAAAAAGUUUGAAAUGCAAGCACAAGGCUUGAAAACUGAAGG